UUUACUCUUAUUUGACGCCAAUUAAUAUUCUAAAUCUAAACCAUCUUAUGAUCUUAUCUCACCACUUUCCAAAAAUAUUCAGAGACUCACAGUAGCUAUCUCCAAUGGCGAAACUAAUCGUCGACUCAGAAUACCUCAAGGAUGUCGACAAAGCUCGCCGUGAGCUCCGCGCUCUGAUCUCCAACAAAAAUUGCGCACCGAUUAUGCUUCGCUUGGCAUGGCAUGAUGCGGGGACUUAUGAUGUGAACACGAAGACUGGAGGCCCGAACGGUUCGAUUCGGAACGAGGAGGAGUACACUCAUGGCGCUAAUAGCGGCUUGAAAAUCGCGCUCGAUUUUUGCGAAGCGGUGAAGUCUAAAUGCCCGAGAAUUACAUAUGCAGAUUUGUACCAGCUUGCAGGUGUUGUUGCAGUAGAAGUCACUGGAGGCCCGACAAUUAAUUUUGUUCCUGGUAGAAAGGAUUCAAAGAUUUCUCCAAAGGAAGGGCGGCUUCCAGAUGCUAAAAAAGGUGUGCCACAUCUGAAGGAUGUGUUUUAUCGGAUGGGUUUGUCCGAUAAAGAAAUCGUGGCACUAUCUGGCGCUCACACCCUGGGAAGGGCACACCCUGAGAGAUCGGGCUUUGAUGGCCCUUGGACUAAAGAGCCACUGAAAUUUGAUAAUUCAUACUUUCAGGAGCUGCUUAAGGGAGAAAGUGAGGGACUGCUAAAACUCCCAACUGAUGUUGCUUUGCUGGAUGUUCCUGAGUUUAGGCAUUAUGUUGAGCUUUAUGCAAAGGAUGAAGAUACCUUCUUCAAAGAUUACGCCGAGUCCCAUAAAAAACUUUCCGAAUUAGGAUUUUCCCCAGCUCCAACUGGUGCAAAGGCAAUUGUCAAAGAUUGCACCAUACUGGCACAAAGUGCCGUUGGAGUUGCUGUUGCUGCUACAGUGGUGAUCCUGAGUUACUUUUACGAAGUCAGAAAAAAGAUGAAAUAGGUCAAACACACAAUCAUCUGUUUACUUCCGAUUAUAUCCGAAUUAUUAUAAACAUAAACUAGUCCCUGCUUUCGAGUGGGAUCAUAGAUUUGUAUUCAAAACGCGCACUAUAUACCGCUUGCUGAAAUAAUUACUGGAGAUACUUGUCUCUGUAUCUGUCUAUUCACGAAUUCAUGCAAAAUGGCUAUUCCCGAGGAAAGCCGUGGAGAUUGUUUCUUGAA